AUGACUGCAAAAAGCGUACUUUCAAUUAAAGGUGAUCAAAUUGGACCAUGGAAACUAGGUGAAACUUUAGGUUUAGGCUCAACAGGUAAAGUUCAUUUAGCUUACAACAAAAGUAAUAAUCAACAUGCUGCUAUCAAGAUUAUUUCAAAAGCUGUAUUUAAUAAUACUACAUCGUCGUCGUCUGCUGUGGUAACGAAACCUACCUCAUCGUCGUCUACAAUGCAACAUACUCCAGACGCGUUGCCAUAUGGUAUUGAAAGAGAAAUUAUUAUUAUGAAAUUAUUAAAUCAUCCAAAUGUUUUAAGACUUUAUGACGUUUGGGAAACUAAUCCAAAUUUAUAUAUGGUCUUGGAAUAUGCAGAAAAGGGUGAAUUAUUUAAUUUACUUGUAGAACGUGGUCCAUUACCUGAAAAUGAAGCAAUUACAUUCUUUAGACAAAUCAUUAUCGGGAUAUCAUAUUGCCAUGCCUUAGGGAUCGUUCAUAGAGAUUUGAAACCCGAAAACUUAUUAUUAGAUCAUAAAUAUAAUAUUAAAAUUGCAGAUUUUGGUAUGGCCGCAUUAGAGACAGAAGAUAAAUUAUUAGAAACUUCAUGUGGUUCACCUCAUUAUGCCGCACCUGAAAUCGUUUCAGGUAUACCAUAUCAUGGUUUUGCAAGUGAUAUUUGGUCAUGUGGGGUGAUUCUGUUCGCUUUACUUACAGGUAGAUUACCAUUUGAUGAAGAUGAUGGUAAUAUUAGAAAUUUAUUAUUAAAAGUUCAAGCUGGUCAAUUUGAAAUGCCAGAUGAAGAUGAAUGUUCAAAAGAAGCUCAAGAUCUUUUAUCAAAGAUUCUUGUAGUUGAUCCAACUAAAAGAAUUAAAGCAAGAGAUAUUUUGAAACAUCCAUUGUUACAAAAAUAUCCAAGUAUUAAAGAUUCAAAAAGUAUUAGAAAUUUACCACGCGAAGAUACUUAUCUAAAUCCAUUAGUUGAUAAUAGUGGGAAUACUAUAAUAGAUCAAUCAAUUUUACAAAAUUUGGUUGUCUUAUGGCAUGGUAGAGAUUCUCAAGAAAUUAGUAAAAAAUUAAGAGAAAAUGGUGCAAAUGCGGAAAAGACACUUUAUGCUCUAUUAAGUCGUUUUAAAAGAGAUACAGAACAAGAAAAUAUUAAAAAUGAACAUUUAAGGAAAAGACAAUCAAUUACAAAUCAUCAUAGCCCGAAAAAGUUUUUGAAUAGUACUACAAAUUCAAAUAAUGUUGUAACACCAAAUAAAAAAAAUAGAAUAUCAAUGAUUAGUGUUGCUUCUUCUCAUAAGAGACCCGUAUCAUAUAAUAGAUUAUCAUCUGUGGUACAUAAUACACCAACAGGUUCAAUUCAUACAACUCCAAAGGGAAAUUCUGCUAAUAGACACUCAAUGAAUAAAAGAAUAUCUGUAAUUUCAACAUCUAAUCAUAAUAUUGCUGGUGCAAUGGACAUUUCGCCAACACCUGCUUCUCGUAAUAAGAGAACUUCGAUAAUUAAUGACUCUCAUCAUCCUGUUGCUACCAAUAAUAACAAUAAUAGAUUAUCAAGACGUCUAUCUAGAUCUAAUAAGAGACUUUCUUUUAAACCAAAUAUGAAGCGCGGUUCUAUCACAACAAAAUUGAUCUCUACUUAUGCUAAAUUAGCAGAAGAUGAUGAUUGGGAAUACAUUGAAAAGGAGACCAAGAGAACGAGUUCUGAUUUUGCUACUUUAAUUGAUGAAAUCUUCGAACAUGAAAAAUAUGAACAAAUUAGAAAAGAAAAAGCUGAAUUAGCAAGAAAAGUUGCAGAGGCAAAGAGACUUGAAGAAUUAGAAAGAAAACGUCAAGAAGAAGAAGAAAUGAAAAGAAUCAAAGAAGCUGAAAGAUUAGAACAAGAGAGAUUAGUACAACAGCAAUCCAUGGAUCAAGAAAUUGAAUUAUUGAAAAAAGAUUUAACUGAUCUAAAGGCAGGUGUAGAUGGUCAAACCGAUCCAGAAUUUAGGUCUGUAUCUGCACCAAUGACAACAGAUAGAGAUACAGAAAUCAAUAAUGGAGCAAAUAUUCGUCAACGUAAUUAUUCAUUACAAACUAGACCUAAAUCUAGGUUAGAUCCAGGUCUUUUCUUUAAUAAAAUUGAUGAAGAUACCAUAACUGAGGAAGUAGAAGAACUUGUUCCUAAAACUGAAGAAAAGUUUGUUAAAGCUGAGAAAAAGAGAAUACAAACAGAAAAAGUUAUUCUUGAAACAAUUAGAAGAUCUAAAUUUUUGGGUUCAUCAUUUGAUAUACAUAACGAAUUAAAAGCAUCUCAGGAACAAGCUGAAAGAAUGACUAGUAUGUCUUCUCAAAAACAAUACCCCUUACCUUCCAAUGCUGUAGCAACUGCACCACUAAAGGUUCAUAGUGAAACUUCAAAUGCUGAAGCCACAAAGAUUUCCGAAAUUAAUGUUCCUCAAUUCACUAGAAAAUCAAGAGCCUUUAGUGAUUCCAAUAGACGUUUAUCUGUAUUAUCAAUGUAUUCUACAAGACAAUCAUUUUCAAACCUGGUCGACAUUCUAAAGAAUACAGAAACUCCUGGUGAACCAUUACAUACAGAAACACCUCCACCAAGUGCGGGUGAUUCUGAUGCCCUUUUUGAAACCGUUAAUGAAGAAGCAGAAAAUACUGCUAACAGUUCAACAGAAGAAAGAGGUUAUGAAUCAAAGAAUGAAGUUCUAUCAGAACCAAAACAAUCAUUAAAAAUGAGUUAUGCUGAUAGAUACGCUAAUAAUAUUGACCUAACUGAAGAAGAAAUUCCUAAGAAUGAAUUACCAAAACUACCUCCAUUAAGUAAUAAGACUAAUGGAUUAGGUAUUUAUCAAGCUCCAGCGAACGUUGAACCCCAUGAAAUCUCUAACAAAAACCUUGAAUCUUCUAAUUCUCAUGCAUUACAUAAAGAGGUUCCAGACAAUAAUGCUAAACAAUUCAAAUCGAUGAUUAUUGAUGAAAACCCAGAAGAUAUUAGAAGCUCAGAAUCAAAAACUAUUGAAGAGAAUUCUGUGAGGAAUGCUCCACAACCACCACAAAAACAAGAACUUUCCAUUCCUAAACAAAGAGAAGAGAAUAAUGAUGAAAAGAGAAAGAAAUCUUCAUCAGGUAUGUCCUUCUUCAGAAAAUUCUCAAACAGUAAUGAAGAAUUUAUACAAGUCCUAUAUGCAUCAGUAUCUCAAAAACAGAUGUAUGAUGGUUUGCAACAUUUGUUACGUGGUUGGACUAAGUAUGGUUUAAAGGGUGUGAGGACAAAUUCUCGUAGCUCUUCUAUCAGUGGUAAGCUGGCAAAUGAUAAUAUUCUUUCUCUGCGUUCUACGGUUUUCGAGAUUACUGUUACACAACGUGGUAAGAACAGUUGUAUAACUAUUGCUAAGAAAUCAGGAUCUACUAAGGCUGUCAAAAGGUUGUCAUCUGAAAUUGAAAAGGUAUUGAAAAAGGAAAACGUCUUGCGCGCAGACUAA